UGACCAAUCAGGUUGACCACCACACGAGCUACUCUGUCCAGCGGGCUGGUGGAAGCUGCUGACACCUCUCCAGCUGAGAGGAAGCGACGGGUGGAAGGUAGAGUAGAUGAGGUCCUGUGUUCAUAAUAAAAUGUGGGGGAGCCGGGCCUUUCUCGCCGGCUGGCUGCUGUUGCUGCUUGUCCAGCUGUUGUGUUUGGAGGCUGUGCCCAUCAGCAUCGACAAGACGAAAGUCAAAGAACCAGAGAAAAAGCCUGAAGAGCCUCCAGCCAGUGUGGACACUGGACUCCACUAUGACCGCUACCUCAGAGAAGUCAUUGAUUUUCUAGAGAAGGAUCAGCAUUUCAGGGAAAAGCUCCACAAUACAGACAUGGAAGACAUUAAGCAAGGUAAGCUGGCCAAAGAGCUAGACUUUGUCAGCCAUCAUGUCAGAACAAAACUAGAUGAGUUAAAAAGGCAGGAGGUAAACCGACUCCGGACCCUGAUUAAGGCCAAGCAGGACCUUGAAGGAGGAAAUGACAUAGCAGUGGACCAUCAAGCGCUGCUGAAACAGUUUGAAUACUUGAACCACAUGAACCCGCACACGUUUGAAGUGGAAGAUCUGGAUCGGCUGAUCAGAUCGGCCACUAAAGAUCUGGAGAACUAUGACAAAGAGAGACACGAGGAGUUCAAGAGGUACGAAAUGAUGAAAGAGCACGACAGACGAGAACACCUGAAAACACUGGAUGAUGACGAGAGGAAGAAAGAGGAGGAACACUAUGAGGAGAUGAAGAAGAAGCACGCCGACCACCCUAAAGUCAACCACCCGGGAAGUCAGAAUCAGCUGAAGGAGGUCUGGGAGGAAGCUGAUGGCUUAGAUCCUGAAGAUUUUGAUCCUAAGACAUUCUUCAACCUGCAUGAUACAAAUGGAGAUGGCUUCUUUGAUGAACAGGAGUUGGAGGCAUUGUUCACCAAAGAGCUGGAAAAGAUUUAUGACCCCACCAACGAGGAGGACGACAUGGUGGAGAUGGAGGAAGAGAGGCUACGUAUGAGAGAACAUGUUAUGAAUGAGGUGGAUUCAAAUAAAGACAGGCUGGUCUCUCUGGAUGAGUUCCUUGUUGCUACUAAGAAGAAAGAAUUCUUGGAGCCAGAUAGCUGGGAGACCUUGGAGCAGAACCAGGCUUAUACCGAUGACGAGAUGAGGGAGUUUGAGGAGCAUCUUGCUCAGCAAGAACAAGAUCUCAACCAGAAGGCUUUUGACCUUCAGAAACAGAGAGAUGAGCUGGAAAGACAACAGGAGCAGCUUAAUGCACAGAAAAUGGAGCUACAACAGGCAGUUGAGCAUAUGGAACGGCUCAAGUCACAGAAAGUAGACCCUCCUCCAGAGGUUCUCGAAGGGAACGCCGUCCCAGAAAUCCCUGCAGUUGACAGCCAACUGCAUGAGGCCCAACAACAAGGACAUGACCCUGCACCCCAAGGACAUGACCCUGUACCCGAAGGCCAUGACCCUGCACUCCAAGAACAUCACCCUUUACCCGAAGGACAUCACCCUGCACCCCAAGGUCAUGACUCUGCACCCCAAGCUCCUCAGGAUAUACCACAGGAACACCAUGGACAAGAAAAUCAAAACCAGGCCCAGCAAGGUCUCCCUCAAACACAUGAUAAUAUACCACCUGGUCAUCAAGAAGUUGUGCAAAGCCAGAAUCAGCUGCCAUAAUAAUGUGCACAAAACUUUACAAUCAGACUUUUUCAGCACCUGCACUCGUAAGUGCUGAGGAGCAGUCCCAUCAGAGUAUAAGGACCUCUUUAACCACCCUGACCAGCAUUAGUGGUUUGAAGUGCAUUUGAGAAGAACAACCACUCAAAGGGAAUCCGUUACCCCAGAUUUCAGUCUUGGUGACAGUAAUCCCUUCAUUACAUAAUUAAAUCAAUGAAAUGACCUACAUGGGUUUGGAUCCUGAUAUGUGCAUACAUAGAUUUUACCACAGUUGUGUUUGCUUACAUUGAGGGUGUUUUUUUAAUAGAAUCAUAUAAAUAAUAUUUUGUGAGCUUUCAGACCGGUUGUUUGUUUCCUCUCAAAAUGACUUGCUGCUUGCUAACCAUCCUGACCCAAGAGCCUUCUGGAUAUGUACAGUGCAGCUGUUUAAGAAGAUAAGGUGUAAAAAUAUUCAUUUCAAUUACAGCCUUUGAGAUUUAGAUUUUUUUAAAUUACUAUCAAUAUACUCCAAAAAAACCUGCAAAAUAAAAGACAUGCAUGAAUCAUGAUGGACCUUAUGAAAACAUACUUCAAGAGUUAACUGCAAGAUGUUUGUUUUAUUUAAUUAUGACACUAAAUUGGCAAAAAAAAAAAAAAAAAAAAAAUCUACGG